CAAAUAAGAUUGAAGAGUAGUAGAGUAGUUUAAGUAUAAAUAAAGAUACUAAUGGAUGAAGGGUCGUUUCUAUACUUUAUAUAUAUCCACCUCUUAGAACAAGCUCGCUUCCAUUUUCUGCAUCUCUCCUGUUCAGUAGUUUAAGUAUACACCCCAAAGGCUGGAACCUUUGUUUCUGUCCGUAAUUAUCAUUCCAUAAUCCUUUGUUUCCACACCAAGCUGAAGCGAUGGCCUUUCCAAACGAAUCAAGGGAAGAUUCCCCCAGAGAGAAAAAAAUCGGAAGGGGAAAGAUCGAGAUCAAGCGGAUCGAAAACACCACUAAUCGCCAAGUCACUUUCUGCAAGAGGCGCAAUGGUUUGCUUAAAAAAGCAUAUGAAUUAUCUGUUCUCUGUGAUGCUGAGGUUGCUCUUAUCGUCUUCUCCAGCCGUGGUCGCCUCUAUGAAUAUUCCAACAACAGUGUCAAAACAACAAUUGAAAGGUACAAGAAGGCAAGUGCAGAUUCCUCCCAUGCUGCGUCUGUCUCUGAAGCUAAUGCUCAGUUCUACCAACAAGAAGCCAACAAACUGAGGCAGCAAAUUCGGAAUCUUCAGAACUCAAACAGGAAUAUGCUGGGUGAAUCACUAGGUGCCUUGAGUGUCAAGGAACUCAAGAACUUGGAGACUCGUUUGGAGAAAGGAAUCAGCCGAAUCCGAUCCAAAAAGAAUGAACUGUUGUUUGCAGAAAUCGAAUUCAUGCAGAAGAGGGAAAUUGACUUGCACAACAACAACCAGCUCCUUCGAGCGAAGAUUGCUGAGAAUGAGGGGGGCCAACAGAACAUGAAUUUGAUAGCUGGAGGGGGCAGCUAUGAGAUUAUACAAUCUCAGCCAUUUGACUCUCGUGACUUCUUCCAAGUCAAUGCAUUACAGCCUACUAAUCACUAUGCACGCCAGGACCAGAUGGCCCUUCAGUUAGUCUAAUAUGCAUGGUUGAAGAACUACUAUUUCAUCCUAGAUGAAAGCUGAAGGAUGCUGAGAGGCAGGAAUCAAGUUAUUGAUUAAGUGGGGGCCUGAAGUAGUAGGUUUGUAGACUCUUAUGUUAAGACUUACAACUAUGUCAUCAUAUAAUUAAGGAUUUGCUUUCUGUAUGCUUAAGGCAAACCCCAAUUGAGUGCCUGCCACAGAUUGAUAUUGUACUAACUUGUUACUACUAUGAUACUCUCUUCGUGUAUAAUUAAGCACUUAAAAAUCAGUGCUAUGAACACUUUGUUGAAAUUGUGUUUCAUUCA